UGAGAAUAACUCAGCCCAUCGGCGGACCGGCGAGCAGCUCCCGGAGCCUCUCCGCGAUGCCGGCACAGCUGCCCCGGCAGGAGACCAUCACCUCAGCCUGGGGCCUCUUGCACUCGCCACACUGUUCAGGCUGAGUCGAAGGUCCCUCUCACGUGCCCGGUGCCAAGAGCUAUGAACAAGCAGGACAACGGAAGGGAGAGGAAAGAAGGGUCCGGAGACCUGAAAUUCCCGAGCACCGCCACUGUGCCAAAAACUAGGUCGUGGCCUCGAGCCUGCAGCGCCAACGGCCAGUUCCAGGCUGUGGAUGAGUCUCUCCUCAAUUACGAAAUGAGCCUCCCUGAAGCCCUGGACGCGGCCAGAGACCCCGGGGAUGACGACUAUGAAGCCCCCAGGCUUCCCGUGGCAAGCACGUGGCAACUGAUGAAAAUUCUACCCGCCAGGCCUCUAAAGGAGUCUGAAUACGCAGACACGCGCUGUUUUGAGGAUGUAGGGGGCCCUCCCCUCCCCUUAGAUGGCACGAGGUCGCUCCCGACAGAGCGGCAAACCUGGAACAUGCAGGUGGACAGACCCAUUUCCAAGGACGUCAGGAGCCAGCAUGUUCAAGGAGACAAACCCACCAAGAGAAACAAGAUCCCUCCACCACCUCCUCGGCUGCCCGUGCUCCCUCCGAAGAAGUACCAGCCCCUGCCACCCGAGCCCGAGAGCGGCAGGUCGCCCCUGCCUCAGAGGCACACCUUCCCCGAAGUCCAGAGAGGGCCCAGACAGAUAAGCUUAAAGAACUUAAGUGAGGUCCUUGGAACAGAGAAAGUGCCUUAUCACCAGAUGAAGCCUCAAGCAUCUCACCUGUCACAAAAUCAGAGCUCUCCAGAGGUCCCUCACGCCAUCCCCAGCUCUUCAUUCAUGACGAGCAGCCACAGUACGCAAAACCGAGAUCAUAAAGGGAGCACACAGUCUCUCCCUCCUCAGAGAUGCCAGUCUCCAGCCGACUUCAGCCCUUGGGAACAUUCUGUCCCCGCCAGCGCCAGGAGCGGGAAGAAGCCUCUCCCCACAAGGCCUGAUGGAAAGGCUGCCCAGCACAGCAGGUGGUACGUCGGAGAGUGCAGUCGCCAGGAGGUGGAGGAGGCCUUGCUCAAGGAGAACAAGGAUGGUACUUUCUUGGUCCGAGACUGUUCCGUGAAGUCCCGGACAGAACCCUACGUUUUGGUGGUCUUUUACGGGAACAGAGUCUACAAUGUGAAAAUCCGCUUCCUGGAGAGGAGUCAGCAGUUUGUUCUGGGGACAGGACGCAGAGGCAGCGAACAGUUUGACUCGGUGGAAGACAUCAUUGAACACUACAGGUAUUUUCCUAUUGUGCUCAUCGAUGGGAAAGACAAGACUGGCGCCCACAGGGAGCAGUGCUACCUGACUCGUCCCCUCCCGCUCAGCAGACUGGCCUCACCUUGCUAACCUGUCUAGCCUGCGGUCCCCACAGCCAAGGCCUCUGUUACCUGUCACUUCCUUCCAAAGAUUAUUCUCUGUGCCUUUAAGGAAUGACAUUUUUGACAUUGUAGA